AUGGAAGGCGGAAGGCAAGAUUAUCGUUUGUGGCCGGCAAAUAUGGCAUUGGAAUCCGUUUUGCUGGAAUUUGCCAAAUCAGUUAUUGGUGUAUUGCUGGUCAAUGUUGGAACUCCUGAGAAUUAUUCGUUUUGGACCGUGAGACGUUAUCUUUCCGAAUUUCUUAGCGAUCGUCGCGUUAUUGAAUUCCCAAAAAUUCUGUGGACUGUGAUUCUUCACUUAUUUAUUCUUAAUUCUCGACCACAGAAAAUUGGCCAAAAAUUUAGGUUAGUAUGGAACUAUGAGACAAAUGAAUCACUAUUGCGUAUGACAAGCAGACUUCAAGCAACCAAAACGGCAGAACGUUUCCGCAAUGAACCCGUGGAGAUCGCAUGGGCUUUCCGUUACGGUAAUCCUACGAUUGACUCAACAAUUCAGGCCCUUAAAGAAAAAGGCUGUGAUCGCUUAAUUCUUCUCCCAUUAUUUCCACAAUAUUCGGCUGCAACAACUGCUUCAACUACUGAUGAGGCAUUCAAAUCUCUAAUGAAACAACGCUUUCAAAUGGCUCUUCGCGUUAUACCUGCAUUUUAUGAUAAUUAUUUGUAUAUAGGUGCAAUCAAGGAUUCAAUCAAAGAUAAACUCGACAAAAUAAAUACGAAUCCCGAAGUCACAGUUAUCAUAUCUUAUCAUAGUAUUCCUCUACAAUUUCAUUUAAAAGGCGACCCAUAUGGUCGCCACUGCCUUCAGACGACCGAACUUAUAAAAAAGCGGUUGGCUGUGGAUUAUAAGGUCAAUGUCCUAACAUCAUUUCACUCAAGAUUUGGACCAUUCGAGUGGUUAAAACCGUAUACCGAUGAUCUCAUUGUGAAUUUGGCCAGAUCCGGCAAAAAGCGCAUCCUUAUGGUAGCGCCAGGUUUUAUAAGUGAUUGCUUUGAAACGAUUGAAGAAUUAGAGAUUUCUGGUGCAAAACUAUUUAAGGAUAACGGCGGUGAGGAAUUUGUUUAUGUACGCUGUUUAAACGAUUCCAAAGCUUGUAUUGAUAUCAUUGAAAAUGUAAUUAGGUUACACAUGCAAGGUUUUGGUACCAUCGCUGUUAACACUGCUAAUUAA